AUGGUAGCGGGGACAGUCGUUUGGAUAUUCGCCCUUCUCGCGUACUCACUUGGGCAACCAGUACCUGAUCCGCAAUAUUACCCAUGUCCACCGCCAUGCCCUGACCCUUGUGUAGACCCAUGUCCACCAAGUCCGGACCCAAGCCCACCAUGCCCAGACCCAUGCGAACCAUGUUCAGACCCUUGCCCUUGUAAUCAAGAUGCGAUACAGAUAAGUCCAUGUAACCCUAAUGCCCCAUCAGUGCAGUAUGUAUACGGGCGAGCACCUUGUGGUUACGUGUUAGUUAAGCCUGGUCAGAUACGGUUCCCGGCACCUAAACCGAUAGUCGUGAAACCUGGUGCGGUCAAACCUCCAUCACCACCUCUAAUUUGGGUGAAACCAGCUCCAGUCCAACCACCAGCGUUAGCACCUAUUAGGGUUCAACCACCUGCAGUGCAACCUCCAACACCUCCACCAAUCACCGUUCGGCCGAACCCCGUAAACCCUCCUAGACCACCACCAAUAGUGGUCAGACCGCCACCAGUGUGCCCACCAAGAGUACCUAAGAUCAAGGUAACACCAAGCUCAAUUCAGCCACCUCAACCUGAUCUCCUCAUCGUGCAGCCGCCAAGAAUUAUUGUGUCUCAAUCACCCACAAUAUGCUUCCAACCCAACCCACCACGUUUCAGAAAUUGCGGAAGUGCCCGAGUAAAUAUAUACUGCCCAAACCCAUGCCCAGAUCCUUGCGCACCCCCCUCUCCACCUCCAUGCCCAGAACCAUGCCCACCCCCAUGCCCUCCUCCAUGCCCAGAGCCGUCCCCGUGUGAGGACCCAAAUCCUUCACCCUGUUCAAAUUAC